AUGGGCAAAGGCGUCGACUUCAACUUGAAGAUUCCGCCGCCAAGAAACCCACUCGGCAAGUCCGAGGCCAUGAGGGACAUGGCUCAGACGGUGAGCGGCUACCAGAAGUUGGUCACGGACCCGUCUUCUGGCGUCAAAUUCGGGCAGGAGCUUGGCAACAUCGUCCAGAAAGUGGUGGAAACUGGCUUCAAUCAGAAGUACUACGUAGACAGCGAGGGCCACCUGAGACAGCGUCUCGUACAGCUUUCUUCCCAGGGUCAGCUCGCAGGUGCUCAGUCUCUGACCCCGGCACUUUUGGUUCUAGUUGUGGUGCUGCUGCUAUUGGUGCUCGUUGCAGUCAAGAGCCGGCGGGCCUUUGCAGGAUGGAAGGAGCACCUCUGCCAGAUGGAAUGUCCGGAGUCCAGCGUGACGGACAAGAUGAUCCCGCAUGACCUGGAUUUGGAGGCGAAUGAGCAGGAGAUCAAGCCCAUCCUGGACGAGGCUUUUGCAACGCUGUCUGUGUGA